GACAGGCGGAGGCGGCGGUACCUGCGCUUUUCAGGGAUUUACACUGGAGAUUUUACACCCAGCCGGACAAGGAGUGACUGGAGAAAAGAAAACACGUGGGCCGAGUGGUGUGAAGAUAUCCGGUUUGUAGGUUGCACUGAGAGCCAGUUACUCCAGACAGACUCAGCUAUGGUGAACCGAGGCAGCUAUAUCCCGGACAAAAGAAGGGAGCCUUGAUGUGGGCAGUAUGAGUAAGACGCCCCCUAACAGAAGAGGGAUAACAUUUGAGGUGGGAGCUCAGCUUGAGGCUAGAGACAGCCUCAAAAACUGGUAUGCUGCCAACAUAGAGAAGAUUGACUACGAAGAUGAAAAAGUAUUAAUCCAUUACCGACAGUGGAGCCAUCGCUACGACGAGUGGUUUGACUGGACAAGCCCCUACCUGAGACCCGUAGAGAGAAUUCAACUGAGGCGGCAGGGACUGAAUGACGACGGUCCUGUACCUGGCUUUCACGUGAAUGACAAGGUCCUGGCCAGCUGGUCUGACUGCCGUUUCUACCCUGCUAAGGUCCUUUCUGUCAAUAAAGAUGCAUCCUACACUGUAAAGUUUUAUGAUGGUGUCAUCCAGACAGUGAAGGGGAUACAUGUGAAGCCUUUUAUUAAAGAGAGAGGUGGUGUUGGUGGAGGGAGGUGUCGGUCCUCUGAAAGGAACAUGGUUAGGAGGGUCCCAAACCGCAGAGACAGAAGGCCUCAGGAGAACGGAGGUCCCAAAAACAAGCGAGCCAGACGCAGCACUUCUGACCAGGAAGACGACAGCAACAGUGAGGACGAGGAGCGGGAAGAGAGGAUGGUCAAUGAGAAAAACAAGAAAACAAAUGGUGAGCUACAGGCUGCACCCAGUAUCAAACAGGAGGAGGAAAUAUCGGAGCAAGCAGACCAGAACAAGCCCAGGGAUGUAGAAAAAGGGACAGGACUCACAAAUGGAGUAAAGGUUGAAGAAGACGAUGAGCAAAACAAGGAAAUGUGUCACAUAAAUGGAGAGGUGAAGAAGGAAGAGGUGGAAACGGAACAGAGUGGAACAAAGCCAUAUAAAGAGUCACCCAAGCCAUACACUGAGUUGCCCACUCAGACGUCGACGGCGACAGAGCAGGUGUCUGUCACUAUGACAACCACAGAAUCCAACGGAGGUGUGCAGCAGAAACCAAAUGUCCAAUCAGAAAGCACUCAGCCUGCAGCAGACGUCCCGCCCCCCCAACCUGUGAAACCGGUAAGGAAGCAGGGUUUCCACAACCCCAACAGAUUCAGCAGAGAACCGCUGUACAGAGUUAUCAAAAACCAACCUCCUCCUGUCCUGUCCAUCAACCUCGACCACAACCCAUUCAAGUGCAGCGCUCCUGGCUGCACAAAGUCAUUCCGUAAAGCCAAGCUGCUGCAUUACCAUAUGAAAUAUUAUCAUGGUGAGGAGCAGCCUCCAGAGGGGGAGCGUAGCCCCACCAGGAGUGUCCAGACCAGGGCCUCUGAGAAACAGUCCACUGCUACUGGUAUGGACGGCACGAAGAGAAGACGCACCAUCUCUGCCUCUAUGCACUCUGUUGGAGCUGCCGCGGCUCCCCGUGGUGAGGUGAAGACUGCAGGCAGGCGAACAUCAGCCCCGCCUGCAGUCAACACCCAGGGCAAUCAGCAGAGGGCACUGCUGAGGGAAAAGAGCAAGGAGAACCAGCUGGACAGGAACGGAUGCCAGCUGCAGGACAAGGACUCAGACAAGUGUGGCUUUGACAUUGGGUCAGUAAAAGACAAACUGAAAGAGAAACCAAAACAGAAGGACUUCCUCCGCAUUAAACUAAAGAAGAAGAAGAAAAAAAAGAAGGCCAAGUCUGACUACACAGGUAGUGAGGAGAAUAUUGACAUCUCAGUAUUGGGUCUUCAGUCCAAAUUGAAUUUGCCAAUCAAAACCCCCCCCUCACACAAUCACAAGCCUGAGGCCUACCCCUGCAGGCCUGGAUACAGCUACUCAGAGCAGAUUCAUGUGGAUGAUGAGGAUAGCAUCAGUGACUGGUCCACUGACAGCUGUGGGUGGAGCGAUGAUGAUUUUGAGGUGGAUUUGGACGUCACUACGCCACCUCUGAGCGUGGACUCUGGUGCUGUGGAUACCAAUGACCAAGAGAUUGUGCGAUGUAUCUGUGAGGUGGAGGAGGAGAAUGACUUUAUGAUUCAGUGUGAAGACUGUUUGUGCUGGCAGCAUGGCACCUGCAUGGGCUUGCUGGAGGACAAUGUUCCAGACAGAUACACCUGCUACAUCUGCAGAGACCCACCAGGUCAGAGGCAGAGUCUGCGUUAUUGGUACGACCGCGAGUGGUUGAGCAAUGGUCACAUGUAUGGCCUCUCUUUCCUGGAAGAGAACUACUCUCACCAAAACGCCAAGAAGAUCACCACCACCCACCAGCUGCUGGGAGAUGUGCACCACGUGGCAGAGAUCCUCAACGGACUACAGCUCAAAAUGAGCGUCUUACAGAACAACACCCACCCUGAUCUGCAGCUGUGGCGGCAGCCCUGGAAGCAUUUAGAGAGGUCACAGAUUGGCUUUGAGUCAUGUCGGGGCAGCACUGCAGCUCCAUCUCCUGUGACUCCUGAUGAGGACAUGAGUCGAGGAGAGAUUUUAAUGUCCAACGCUCUGGAGAGGCUGAGCCGGGCCGCUACAGCUGCCACGUCCUCUUCGUCCUGCUCCUCGUCCCCCUUCCCAUCCUUCCAGGACUCAUACAUUACCAGUGAACACUGCUACCAGAAACCACGGGCAUAUUACCCGGCAGUGGAGCAGCGACUGGUGGUGGAGACUCGACAGGGGUCUGAGCUGGAGGACAGCAUGAGAAGCACAGAGGAGCUGCUGGAACGGGAGCAGCGCUACGGGAGCCUGCUGGAGACGGACAAGCCCAAAUCUACAGGCAUCAGCAACAAGGCUUCGAUGGGUGGCUCGUGGUCUCAGGCUGAGAACAGGGACGAGGGUGGCAGGGACCCUGGAGAGGCUGCAGAUCACAGCAGGCAGCAUCAGCAGUGGCAGAUCAACCUGCUGGAUCACAUAGAUGCAGUCCAGGACGACGUUUCGCACAGGAUGGACUUCAUUGAGAGGGAAUUGGACGUGCUGGAGAGCUGGCUGGACUACACUGGGGAGCUGGAGCCUCCUGAACCUCUGGCUCGUCUGCCUCAGCUCAAACACCGCAUGAAACGGCUGCUGACACAGCUGGGCAAGGUGCAGCAGAUCUCUCUGUACAGCUCCACAUGAGGGCGCCAGAGAACGGCAGCAGGUUCAGUCACCACACAGCAUGCAGGAGCAGUGCAGUGGAGGAAGCUCACUGGUCUGUGGCUGCAAAGAUAACAUUAUUAAGUUCAAGACUUAGAUGGUUCAGCACAUUCACUCUGACCCGACCUCUGCUGCUGUUUCUCAUUUUUAAAAGGCUCUGUGCGGUGGAAUCCGAUGCCGCAGCCAGCCAAUGUCAUAUAUGAAUAUUUAUAUGAACAUGUAUGGAACGUGAGCAUCUUAAAUCAGGAUUAAACACAAAAAGUAACCUCGUAAAUGCAGGAGAAGAUCCUUAGGACCAGAUUACACUUCUGUGGUUCCCAUGCAACUCUAAACCUUAUGAAUGCCUUUUGUCUGAGCUACUGCUUAAGGUUGCCCUGUCUCUCUCAGUACACAGUGCUUUAAAUGCAGAAGCUUUAUAUUCAAACUGCAGUCGAGUUCCUGAACCUACACUCUUUGCAAUAGUUUCUUGAACACAUUUUCAAAUGAUCAUUAUUUUUUCCAUCAACAGUGUCCCAAAGUUCAGUUUUGCUCAUCUGUCGUACCAUACUGUGUUAAAGUUCUUGUUGCAAAUCUGUGGACAGACGGUAACUUAAAGGCCUCCAGUAUGUAACAGUGCUGUGCAAGCAGUCUCUACAAAUAGUCUGUUCUGUUUUUGACCUACUCAAGGAUUUGUUCUCCACUACACUGUGAAGUUAUUUUUGUCUGGUAUCAAAGGUGUCUUAUUUUCAGCUUUAGAGAUGAUAACACGUGAUUUCUGUUUUGUCUUAAGCUGAAAUGCUUCUUUCCUAACCGUCUGCUCAUCAGUAUACCAAUUAUAUCAGUUUGUUCUGUGUUUUUCAGUUACUGCAUCCCUUACUUCAAUUUACUCUUUGCAUUGUUGUUGCUGUAGCAUUUGACCUAUGAUUCACUGAAUACUGUAAUGUGGACUUGUCUCUUCUUAACCUAGCAUCUUGUGUCAGUGACAAAUAUUACUUAUAAAAACCUGUAAAUUUAUGUUUUUUUUUCUCUCCUUUAUUCCGUUUCAUCUGUUUAUUUACAGUGUUUUGGUUGUUUGUAAAUAUGUCAUUCAAAAAUGUGUUCUUCUUUAUUGACAAUGUUCUCCAAAUACAGAUAUUGUAUGCUACUGUACUGUAAGUGUCUGGCUUAGAAGCAGGGAAAAUGUCCAAGACAAUGCAAACAGAUUUCCUGGUACAUAAAUAAACUAUCAUUGUUAUUAAUCACUA